CCAAAACAUUAAAAGCAAGAACAAAUAAAAUACGAAACAGAAACAGAAACAGAAACAGAAACAGCAACAAAAACAAAAUUUAAAAUCCAUCAUUCCUCUCUCUCUCUCUCUCUCUUCGCAAUUUAUUCCCUUCCCUAUUCUCGGAAAACGCAAACUAUUUGUUUUCCCCUUUUAAUACUUCCCUCAGGAUGAGUUAGGGUUUCGUUAGCUUCCCCGGAUCUACGGCCAGACGCAAACCCUGACGCCCUGAUCCUCGCCACUAGCCGUUGCGCUCUCAUUUCCCGCCCGUUUGAGCUUCCUCUCCACCGUCGAUUACCCGGAUCUUGAUGUUUGGCCGUUAAAUCGGUCCCUUUGUGCGCAGGCUUUCAAAAAUUUGGACCGUUGAAGCGAGCGGAGAUGUCGGCGGUGGAGGCGGAGAAUAAGGGCGGAGACGAGAAGUCGGAGAAGGUGGAGAAGGGAGGUGAGUUGUUGUUUUGUGGCUCGACGAGUUGGGACGCCGUCGGCCGACGCAAGAGUCAGUUGGAUGGCAAUUUGGUCUCGCCCUCCAGGCUCCGGCCACUCGUCGGAGUUGACAUUCGGUUCGUUGCGUCGGGUUGUGUAUCUUGUCACUGCGUGGCAUUGGAUGUUGAAGGACGUUGCUAUACAUGGGGUCGCAACGAGAAGGGGCAACUGGGUCAUGGUGAUAUGCUUCAGCGGGAUAGGCCGACAGUGGUUUCUGAGCUCUCAAAGUACAAAAUUAUUAAAGCAGCAGCUGGUAGGGGCCAUACGGCAGUGGUAAGUGAUGAUGGACACUCACUAUCUUUUGGCUGGAAUAAACAUGGGCAGCUUGGUUCAGGUUCACUGAAAACUGAGAUUGAGCAAUCUCCUGUUCGCUCUCUUGCUACUCAAGUUAAAAAUGUUGCUUGUGGGGCUGAUUUUACAGUGUGGUUAUCUUCUGUCGAAGGAGCUUCUAUAUUAACUGCUGGUCUUCCACAGUAUGGUCAACUUGGUCAUGGAACAGACAAUGAGUACAAUACUAAAGAUAGCUCAGUGAAGCUUGCCUAUGAACCUCAACCACGCCCUAGAGCAAUAGCUUCUCUUGCUGGGGAGACUAUAGUCAAAGUUGCUUGUGGAACAAACCAUACUGUUGCGGUGGAUUCCAAUGGCUAUGUUUACACGUGGGGUUUCGGUGGUUAUGGAAGGCUUGGACAUAGAGAGCAAAAGGAUGAAUGGGUUCCUCGCCGUGUUGAUGUCUUUCAAAAGCACAAUGUUCUACCACCUGAGGCAGUGAUUUCAGCUGGUGCUGUUAAUUCUUCGUGUACUGCUGGUGGAGGGCAGUUGUACAUGUGGGGCAAAAUAAAGAAUGCUGGGGAUGACUGGAUGUAUCCUAAACCUCUUAUGGACUUAAGUGGCUGGAAUAUUCGCUGCAUGGAUUCAGGCCAGAUGCAUCACUUUGUUGGUGCGGAUGCCUCAUGCAUAAGUUGGGGUCAUGCUCAGUAUGGAGAGCUGGGAUAUGGCCCUAAUGGGCAGAAGUCUUCUGCUGUGCCCAAAAAGGUGGAUAUCCUUGAGGGCAUGCAUGUUAUCAGUGUUGCUUGUGGGCUUGGCCAUUCCAUGGUGAUUGUUGACAGAACAAAUGUUGUUGAUCGGCUUGAUCAGUUGGAUGUUUUUGAUGGCAAAGCUUCUGGUGAAGGGAGUGAGGAGCCUGAGAGUGUGACUGCAGUUGCUAAAAGAAGUUCAAAAAAGGGUACUCCUAAAGCUUUUGAGAAUUCUGAGACUUCAAAGAAGAGGAAGAAGACACAAGAUUCGUCGGACUCAGAAGAGGAAGAGGAGGAUACUGAUGAUGAGAGUGAUGGUGAAGAACAGGCCAAUGGGAAAACAAAACGGAAGAGGCAACAGGGUGGAAAGGCUUCUGGUAGAGGUCGUGGUCGAGGCAAGGGUGCUAAAAUGCUCACACCAGAGAAAAAGAGCACUGGGCGUGGGCGGGGUCGAGGGCGUCCACCUGCUGAGAAGAAUAGUUCGGGCAAGAGAGGAAGGCCUAAUAAGCGAUAACUCAUGCUUCCCCCCAAUUCUAUUUGGAAAUUUUGUUAUUAGCUAGAGAAGUGUACUUUCUAGCGAUUUUUAUUUUUUGCCAUUCCAAGUGAGAAGCUUGCGUGUCUGCAUCUGUUGUUUGAUGGAAACAACCUUCCCGGGCUAACAUUUUGGCCUUCCUGAGGAUUUGAUUGUGAGGACGGAGAAAUUACCACAUGUUUGAGCAGUGACUUUAUAUGGGCAUUUAUUGUUCUAACUCCCAAGAUGAUAACUGUCCUUCAAUUUUAAAUGGAAUACUUGUUCAAAA